AUGAACCGCUUCUCGGAUGGAGCUCAUAAUGUGGAGAAAGACAUUCUGCAGACACCAGAAGACUCUGUGCCCCUCCAUGGCCUCCCACUGCCACGUGCAGGCGUGAAGGCCUCGUGGCUGGACCAGAGCUGCAGCCUUGGCCGUAGCCAGGCAUUGCUUGCUCCCCAACUCCCCGAGAGGAAGAGCCACGGGGAGCCCUCCAUCGAAGACUGGGGGAGCAAGCCCAUCUUGGCCCAAAUCACAUUCAUGCUGGCCGGGGCAAGACUUUCAACCGGCAGCCUGGAGAUGGGAGUGGAGCGCCACAAUGGGACGGCCAACAUCUCCUUUGCGGACUUCACCCUGCUGCCCUUCCCAGGCCUCCAGGACUCCAGGCACCUCCUUGCCAUCCCUUUCUUCUGCCUGUACGUGAUUGUUGUCACGGCAAACUCCCUCCUGAUCUACACCGUGAAGGCCGAGGAGAGCCUGCAUUCCCCCAUGUACCUCCUGAUUGCCUUGCUCUUAGCUGUCAACAUCUGUGGGACCUCAACCAUCCUUCCUAAAAUGCUGCUGAGCUUCAUGUUCCACAUCAGCAGCAGGGUCUCCUUGACUGAGUGCCUCGUACAGAUGUUCUUCCUUUAUUUUACCACUGUCCUGGACUGCAACAUUCUUCUGAUGAUGGCUCUGGACAGGUACGUGGCUGUUUGCCACCCGCUGCGCUACGUGGACAUCAUGACCAGCAAGUUCCUGAUGCUGCUGACUCUCGCCUCCUUAGUACGGAGCCUUUGCAUCGUGGCCCCAGUGGUGAUCCUGGCUUCCCGGGUGCGGUUCUGCCGUUCCAAUACCAUCAGCCAUUUUGCCUGUGAGCACAUGGCCCUCAUGAGUUUGUCCUGCACAGACAUCUCCAUAAACAAGAUGGUGGGGAUGGCCAUGAGGAGCAUAGAUAUCAUCCUAGACCUUAGCUUCCUCCUAGCUUCCUAUAGCAAAAUUGUCCACGCGGCUCUGAAGAUGGCUUCCGGGAAUGUCCGUCACAAGGCCUUCCACACCUGUGGCACCCACCUCAUGGUCAUCUUCAUUGGCUACUCCUCCCGCCUCUCCUCUUCGGUCGUCUUCCGGCUGGCCAAAUCUGCCUCACAUGAUGUCCACAACUUGAUUAGCGCCAUCUACCUGUUCUUGCCCUGGGCUGCCCACCCUUUGAUCUACGGCGUAAGAACCAAAGAGAUCAGGGAGAACCUCCUGAAACUCUUCAGGAGACCAGAGCCUCUCCUUAGGCCUUUUAAAGCCACGUCGGUGAACAAAAAGUGUUAA